AUGACACAAGCCGACUUUAUCGAGAUGCAGCAGCCCAAGGGCGAGUACGCUGCGGUGAACACUACUAGCUCUUCUGAGAAGACGAGUGGCAGCGCUCAUGCGCCGGUCGAUGACAAUGUCGGUUCAUCGCUCAGGAGACUAUUCUCAUUCUGGCAACUUUUGGCGUUCGCCCUUAUCUUCAUGUCAUCAUGGGAAGUCAUGGCGAUGGACAUGGGAGCAACUUUCUACAACGGCGGGCCGCAGACGCUUGCUUGGGGCAUCAUUCUCGUUGUCGUAGGAGCUAUGGCCCAGGCACUCUCGAUGGCGGAACUCGCAACCAUACAGCCGAUUGCUGGAGCACAGUAUCACUGGACUCAUUUCCUCGCUCCCGAGAAGCACCGCAGGUUCAUCACGUGGAUGCAAGGCUGGGUCACCUGGUUCGCCUGGGUCUCCGCGCUCGCCGGCUCCGCCGCCUCGGAGGCCAACAUCAUCAUGGGCCUCGUCGUCACCAACUACCCGUCCUACUCCUUCCAGCCGUGGCAUCUGACGCUCGUCAUCGUCGCGCAGCUCGUCGCCUGCGGGCUCAUCAACAUGUACGCCUUCCGCACGAUCCCGUGGAUGGAGCUGCUCGCGGGCGUGCUGCACGUCGUGCUCUGGGUCGUCAUCGUCGUCGUGCUGCUCGCCCUCGCGCCGCGCGCGAGCGCCGACUUCGUCUUCUUCGAGCGCACCGUCAGCUCCGGCUGGACGAACGGGUUCGUGUCGUGGAACAUUGGCAUGCUGGUGCCGGCGUGGGGGUUCAUCGGGUUCGACGGCGUGGUGCACAUGUCGGAGGAGGUGCGGCGGGCGAAGCAGGCUGUGCCAAGGGCGAUGCUGUGGACGAUCGUGCUGAAUGGGAUCAUGUCGUACGGGAUCAUCUUGGCCAUUCUGUUUGCGAUGGGCGAGCCGGAUGAUGUUUUGGCGUCUGAUUAUCCCAUCAUCCCGUUGCUGUUCAACGCGGCGGGCGCGAAGGCGGGGACGGCGAUGGUGUGCGGACUGUUGAUUAUCACGUUCUGCGUGGUUGCCGCUUCGCUGGCGUCGGUGUCGAGAAUUACGUGGGCAUGGGCUCGAGAUGGAGGGCUUCCGCGGUACUUUGCCAAGAUCCAUCCCAAGUACCGGGUUCCGGUCAGGUCUGUCUGGCUGCCCUGUGUCAUCGUUACUUUGCUCUCGCUGUUUACGGUUGGCAACAACGCCACGGCAACCAUCUUCUCGGCGUUCACGGCACUAUCGUCUCUGGGUCUGUACAGUUCGUACAUCAUCGCCAUAUCCUGCAUGCUUCAUGCCAGGAUGACGAGGCGUAUCGGUCACGGCCCGGAUUAUGAGGUGCAGUACGGAGGAUGGUCGUUGCCGAAGGGCUGGGGCACGCCGAUCAACAUUUACGCGCUGCUUUGGUCGAUGUACCUGAGCAUAUGGCUGCCGUUCCCGCAGACCGUCCCCGUCACGGGUACGGAGAUGAAUUAUGCUGGCCCAGUGUAUGUUGUCGUUGUUGUUGGUGCGGUGAGCUUCUGGUACACUUGGGGUAAGAAGCACUGGCCUGGGUUGAACAAGACUGCCAUUGAAAACGUCGAAGCGCAUGAUUAG